AUGGAUGAGACGGAAGAUAUCCAGCGCCAUAGCUGCCGGCAUCCUCGUCGACCCCUUGGCGGCCCCAUCCCCUCCUCGCUGUAUUCUUCGCAUAGCAGAAGGAAGGCCCUUCACCUGACCGAAGUUGAAGACUCGGGACAGAAGCCAAGGUCGGAGAAGAGUGGACCAUUGAAGAUCGGCAAGGAGAGGAGGCAUCUUCUCAGAACAGAUGCCAGACCCGGCGACGGAACUGAGGACUCGGAACAGAAGCCAGAACUAGAGGAGACUGCUGAGGCAGCUGAAGACUUGGAACGGAUGCCAGAAGAUGAGGCAGCUGAAGAUCCAGAACAGAAGCCAAGAGGGAGGAUCCAGAAGGUAUGCAAGUACACGUUUGCCUACAUGCCAUCUGAUGGGUCGUAG